CAGCCGUGGCCCGAGCGGCUACAGCGGCCGCGGGAGCUGGUCAGUUCCCGCACUCUCCUCUUCCUCCUCCUCCUCCCGAGCGGCCUCGGCCAUGGUGUCCCUGGGCUCCGUGACUAACCGGCUGGCCUCGGUGUUCCCCUUCCUGCUUGUCCUGGUGGAUCUGCAGUACGAAGGUGCAGAAUGUGGAAUAAAUGGAGAUGUCGAAAAACAUCUUGAAAUGGGCAAGAAAUUAUUGGCAGCUGGACAACUAGCAGAUGCCUUAUCUCAGUUUCAUGCUGCAGUAGAUGGUGAUCCAGACAACUAUAUUGCUUAUUAUCGGAGAGCUACUGUUUAUUUAGCCAUGGGCAAAUCUAAAGCAGCAAUUCCUGACCUAAGUAAAGUGGUUGAAUUGAAGACUGAUUUUACAGCAGCACGAUUACAGAGAGGUCAUUUACUACUUAAACAAGGAAAACUUGAUGAAGCUGAAGAUGAUUUUAAAAAAGUGCUAAAAUCUCAUCCAAGUGAGAAUGAAGAAAAAGAAGCCCAGUCUCAACUGCUGAAAGCUGAUGAAAUGCAGCGCUUACGUUCACAGGCGCAUGCAGCUUUUGAUCGGAAAGAUUAUCAAGCAGCUAUUGCUUUCCUUGAUAGUAUUUUAGAGGUUUGUGUUUGGGAUGCAGAGCUGCGAGAACUUCGGGCUGAAUGCUUUAUAAAGGAAGGGGAGCCAGGGAAAGCUAUUAGUGACUUAAAAUCUGCUUCCAAAUUGAAGAAUGACAAUACUGAGGCCUUUUAUAAAAUCAGCACAAUAUAUUAUCAUCUGGGAGAUCAUGAACUGUCACUCAGUGAAGUCCGGGAAUGUUUAAAACUUGACCAAGAUCAUAAAAGAUGCUUUGCACACUAUAAACAAGUAAAGAAGCUUAAUAAACUUAUUGAGUCAGCAGAGGAGCUCAUCAGAGAAGGCAGAUAUGUAGAUGCAGCUAGCAAAUAUGAAUCUGUAAUGAAAACAGAGCCAGAUAUACCUAUUUAUACUAUUCGUUCCAAAGAGAGGAUUUGCCAUUGCUUCUCCAAGGAUGAAAAACCUGUUGAAGCUAUUAAAGCAUGUUCAGAAGUUUUACAACUGGAACCUGCCAAUGUGAACGCUCUCAAAGACAGAGCAGAAGCCUAUUUAAUAGAGGAAAUGUAUGAUGAAGCUAUUCAGGAUUAUGAAACUGCACAGGAACACAAUGAAAAUGAUCAACAGAUUCGAGAAGGACUAGAGAAAGCUCAGAGACUCUUGAAACAGUCCCAGAAAAGAGAUUAUUACAAAAUCUUGGGAGUAAAAAGAAAUGCUAAAAAACAAGAAAUCAUCAAAGCAUACAGAAAGCUAGCUCUGCAGUGGCACCCAGAUAAUUUUCAGAAUGAAGAAGAAAAGAAAAAAGCAGAGAAAAAAUUUAUCGACAUAGCAGCUGCUAAAGAAGUACUUUCAGAUCCAGAAAUGAGGAAAAAGUUUGAUGAAGGAGAAGAUCCCUUAGACGCAGAGAGCCAACAGGGAGGUGGUGGCAACAGUUUCCAUAGAAGCUGGAAUUCAUGGCAAGGCUUUAACCCCUUCAGCUCAGGCGGACCAUUUCGAUUUAAAUUCCACUUUAAUUAAAACCAACAAUGUUUUUCUGCUACUGUUCCUUCUCCUCUUAACUUUUUUAAAAUUAGAAAACAAACCUUGUUCCAGUUUCAGGACCCUAAUGAAAUAUUUCCAAUUUUUCUGUUGUCCAUAACCAAAGAAUUGUUUUAAUAGGAAGAAUCUUUUCCAGUCCAUUUUAAACUCUCUUGUUGGCUGGCGGUAGAUUGAUGAAUGAUGGUAUGUGGUUCAGGGCCUGUGUGAAGCAGCCAAGUCUGGGGCAGACUCUCUUGUAUAAGCACUAAUGUAUUUUUUAUACUUUUCUGCAUUGGAGCAAAUGCAAAUCCUUCCUCCUGUCCAAUCCUUGUGUGGUGUGUCAGUACCUACAUAUGGUGCAUCUAUAAGCAUACAUAAGCCAAAAAAGAAGCUGUUCUCUGAAGACUGGGCAUGUUUCAGUAUUCUAAAAGUCAAAGAUUAAUGAUGAGACCAAAUUCUAAACUGUAUUGUUUUAGGGUAACUUGGUUUUCUGAAGCAUAGACUACUAGACUGGGAUUUUGAACAAACAGAACAGUUAUUGAUUUCUAAUACUUUCAAAUGUUUAUUUGUUAAUAUUUGAACUUCCUUAAUAUUGUAUUCAAUUUAAUGAUAUUUCUUCUGUAUGGUUACAAGUAAAGAACUGGGAAUUCCUCAUUUAGAAAACUUACUACCAAAUGACAACUGGGUUUGGACUCUUGAUUGGGGUUAGAAAGCACGUUUUAUUUUAUUUUUUUUGGUAGCUGAAUGAGAUUUCCUCAGGACUGCAUAAGUGGCAUUGGAUGUCCUGAAGACCUGGGAGCAUUUUCAUUUAUGACUAAAAAGAGACACUUUGUUUCUAUAAAACAAGUUAUUUUCGAAUGCUGAAAAAUUUUUAAACAAUAUUGCUUCUAUACAAGUAGAGCGAAAAUUUGUUUAGUAAUGAGUUCUUACCUGUCUUACAAAAUUUUCAAGACCAAGAUUUGGUUUUGAAAUUUAAAGUUGCUUUUCCGGGAUAUAUAGGCCUUUGAAUGCAGUAUUUCAGCAUUCUUUACUGUAGUGGCUCUGUUAGAGUGAUUUUCCUCUCCCUUGGAGCCAGACCCAAACAUGUGGACCUCCAGUGAUUCCAAUGAUCCUGUUUUGCUUAAUUCUGGGUUCACAGGACUAUUAGUUUCCUGGCACAUUUCAAAAUCAGAUAGUCACCUUUACUAAAGGUACCAGUCUGAUCUCAAGCUCCUGGGAUUUUAUAGAGUCUUCCACAAUCUUUUUUUUUUCCCCCUAGAAAAAGGUGCCUCAACUUGCUGAACUCAACCCAAGUUUCCACCAUCAUUUCUCUGUAACAAUGAUAUUUAUCUCCUGAUCACUUGUUCCUUUUCUGCGAGGUAAUUACUGAAUAGUAAUAACUAUUCAGGUUUACUAUGUAGAGGUUUUUUUCCCUGUUAAGAAUAGGAGUUGAUCUUUUUUGAAUAGAUCUCUUUAAUCAAGGACAUUGUACCUUUUAAGGAAAUGCUAGUGCUGCACUUAAAAUCUGAGAUAAUAGAUUCAAUUAAUAAUUAUUAACUGCUCCCAAUGAAGUUUUUGUAGAGCUCUGAGUUUUGGGGGAAUACUUUUAGUAACAUAAGGUACUUAAAAUUAUUAGAAAAUCAAGAGAUCUAAACAACGGAGAAGGUAAUUGGACUAUACUGAUGCCAGCAUUAGCCAAGCACAAAAUUUUAUUCAUAAGUAUCAGUUUGCCUAUAGAAGUAAGAUUUUAUUUAAAAAGAUGUUGGAUGUAUAACUAUGUAGAUGAGUUGGGAAAAUACUUUGUAGAAAAUUUUAGUCAUUACCAUGAUGUCUAAUUGUCUCUCCAUAAAUGUAAAGCAUUGGAAAAGAAAAGUUUUCAUUGAUUUGCAGUUUUUAUUUGUUUUAUAAUGUCUUGAAGCUCAAUCUACUAUAAUAUGCAAAUGUACAAUGUAAGCUGUAUUGUUUAACUCUUUGAAAAAAUCUUGAGUAUUUGUACAGCUGGAACUAAUUCUGUUAUCUACAGAAAUUGUUUUUGAAUCUGGUCUUUUAUCACAAAUUUUCCUUGGCAUCACACUAAGAAGACCACUACACAGCUGAUAGCCCUGCAGUAGUAGGGAUCUUCAAAGCCCCAGAUAAAAAUAUAUGAAGUCCCAGAGCCUAACAUUUAAAGAACACCAAAAUUGCCAGGAUAUGAGAAUUUUGAAAGGGUGUUUGUGAUGGUCGUGCAUAGGAUUGCAUUGGGAAUUCAUGUUCUUUAGGGUAUCUGUUAUUGAGAUAGCAUCUGACUUCAGAUUGCAUGCCUGAGUUUUCAGCUCUCAGAAUAACCACGAUUCCAAAGCCUGAAGUCAGUCACUCACCCAAGGGAGGUGGGCAGUUACGUUCAGAAGCACCAUAAUUAUAGAUUAGAAACACUUGACAGCUUUAGCUCAUCCAAGAAGAGAGAGAAGCUAUGUAUUGCACAGUGCCAAUUCCAUUAAAGAGGAAGUGAGAUGUCUGGACUGCAUUCUGCUACUUAAGGAAGAAAGUAGGAAGACUGAAGCUCUUAACCCUUUCUCAGUGAAUGCAAGGAGGUUCUUCCUGUUUGGAAAGACUGUAAUGUUUGCAACAAUCAAUGGUAUAGGAACAUUUGCAUAUUAAGGGAUAGUACAACAGUUUGGAAGCCACACUGUACAAUGGGAAGAAUUAGAAUGGCGAAAGUUUAUUUUAACUCAUUUCAUUAGUGACUGCUGCUCUUGCACACUUUUUGCUGACAUUCUGCUUUUGGUCACAGGCACAAAGCAUUUGUAGCUUUUUCAGUAAAAAUAUGCAGCAAGUCACAUGUAAGGAUGCAUUAUCCUUAAUUCUAUUGUGUUCUCUUCUGAAAUUACUCUUUUCAUUAAUGAGCUCCCUAAAUAAAAUGUCACUGGUCUAUUCCAUUGUAAUAAAGCUGGUUUGAUGGGAGUUACACAUGGCAAAAAAAGUAUUAAUCUGUACAUGAUGCAAAAGCAAUCUUAAGAAGGGUGGUUGAAAACUCAUUGAGAAGUCUGAAAGUGUGUACAGAAGUUUGUGCUUUUUACCAUGAAUAAAUGAAAAUGUAAGCAAUUUAAGCAGCCUCUGCUGAAGUGAAUUUUAUAAUAAAAAAUCUAGCCAACUAUCAAUUUGACUUUUAAAAGGGACAGUUUUCUAUUUCAGAUCAGUAUUAAUCUAGCCUUUUGAGUGUCAGUAUGAAAGCAUUUGGGAAAAUUUUGGUCUCUGACAAUGGGAUCUAAAACUGCCCACAUCACUUGAAAGAAAAUGAUAUUUCCACCCCUAAAAAAGAGGAUAAUUAAAAGAUACUUUUUUAGAAUCACAAUCCAUAGAAAACAGUGUCAUUUUAUUCAUGGUGAGAAGUGACAAUUUUCACCUGAGAGAAUCAGUUGGCCAAGUUUUUGCCUUAUUGUGAUAGUACAUUGCCUUGCAAAAAGAUUUGACCAGUAUGUCAAAAGAAUAGUUGUAAAAUCAAUCUGUACAGCCUUACUGAUUGACUCUAGUUUCCUUUUCAACAUCCAGAGAGGAGGAAGGAGGAAGGCAGUUGUAAUUCUUCAAUGACUAAUACAGUUUUACUCUAAAUCAGAUCAUUCCUGUUAAUCACUACUUGUUAGUGGCAAGAAAUUGACUGCAUUUUAAACAGGAUGAUAGUAGGUAGGGUAACUCCGUCUUGUUGCAGAGAUCUCUUGCUUGCUGUCUGAUUUAAGAUAAAUUAGCCACUGCGUGGCUCUGGGGAGUAACACAAUUGUGUUGCCUUUGUUUAUCUACAUUUGUCACACCUCUGCCUGCAGUGAGAAAGAUCGGCAGAAGUUGAGAACUGGUGAUCUUUCUUAAUGUAAGUUAGAUACUACUCCUGCCCUAAAGCUACAGUUCAGCUAUUUGAGUGAGAUGACUAACUUAAUGCAUCUUAAAAUUUUUGAAUGUUUUAUAUAAAAAAAGGAAAGGAACCUAAAACACAAUGAACUGGGUCUCAGACAUGUCUACAAAUGUGGGUACUAUUUUUAUGCCAGUGUAUUUUCACAUUUAAUAAAGAUAUUUAUGGUGAUAUGUGCAUUUUUUUCCUUUUAUGAUUUCUAUAAAAACAGUUGUCAUGA